AUGUCGAGGCAGUCUGAUCAGUCGAAACAUUUUUGUGGGGCGGCUGGCAGUGGUCAAGGUCAAAGUAUCACUGUGAAAUUCUGGACACAAUCAAAUAUGGAAAAUUUAACGGAAGAAAUGGAUUGUGAGGCUCUCAAACAACUGGUCAGGGAAAUGCGUUAUACGUACUGUCAAAAUGUGAUUCAUGCUACACAAAAUGGUGAUAUCGUUGCAACAGAAGCGUAUCAAAGACAAGUCGAGAAAUUGGAUGAUAUAUUCGCUAAAAUUCAUAAGGGAGUACAACCCGGUGAAACAAUCGAAUUACCACCGAUGCCCAAAUCAUAUGGUCCAACGCCACGUCCAGCGCCUCAUUAUCCUCACUAUCCACCGGGAUUUCCACAACAACGAAUGCCAUUUUUUUCUUCUUAUUCUUCCGUUCUGCCUUCUGCUGCCGACUAUCAGCAGCCAUUUGCAAUGCAACCAGAGGGAUAUGUUCCUCCUCCUUCGUAUACGGAUGCUGUGUCGUUAGGAGGCUUCAGGUCGUUAUUGACGGCAACAGAAUCAAGCCAAAACGCUACCUUCUCAUCAUCCGAACAACAACGACAACAGCAGAGUCCAACGUCUAGAGGCAUUGCUGAAACUGUUCGUACACGAGAAACAUCUACGCCAGCACCCGUAGCCAUCGGCGUUCAGCGUGAACCAAAAGUAAAUUCAUCUGCAAGGGAGUCGAUCGCAAACAAUUAUGAGAAUAAAGCAGUGAAAACUGAACAAGACACUAUCGUGAGGCAAACGAAUCCGGUAAAAACUGAGCGUGAAUUGACCACAAGUGACGGCAAAGAAAUGGAUCGUACGAAAACUGGCAAGCUGCAAAGUGCCACGGAGGAGACCGCAAAACCGCCGCAAUCUCCAUCGAAAAUAACUCCAGAAAAGCAAAAAAGA